GCCUGGGGCCCAAGGGCGCCUGCCUGGGUCCAGGGUCGCCUUGGCCCAUUGGGGCCCUAACAGGGACCCCGUUGUCUCAAGGGCCCAGGGCCCAUGGGGCACGUUGCCACAGGGGUGCCAAGGCCCAGUGGCGCAUUGGACCAGGGAGCCAAGGGGUGUAUAGGGCCCCCAGGGGAACAUUGUCCCAGGGAUGCCUCCACACAGGCCUCUCUUAGCCAUGGGGGAACAUGGGCCUAAAGGUAUGUUGGCCUUGUGGGGCCUUGCCACAGGGGCACAUUGGCCCAGUGGGGCAUUGCUAUAGGGGCCGAGGGGCGUGUGGUCACAGGGCAGCAUUGGACCAGGGACUAAGAAGCAGGGCCCUCCCUCGGUCCAUCAGCCUUAGUCCAGGCCUCAGAGGGAGAGAAGGGCUGCUGGACACUUGAGCCAUUCCCUUCUCCUUUUGUGUCCUCUCUUUUUAGACUGCAAACCUAACCUCAGGGCAGGACACUGUCUAAUGAAUCAUUUGGAAGCUGCUCUGACAGACCCUUUUUGGCCAAAGAGCGAGGUAUAAAUACUGUCAAAAUAAAUAAUCGGGGGGCAGGGGUGCUUUUGUUAUCCCAGGGGUGCAUUGGGCCAGAGUAACAGAGGCACAUCUGCCCAGGGACCCAUCAGUCCAGGGGUACAUGGGCUCAGGGGUGCCUUGAACAAGGGGUGUAUCUAUCUACCCAGAGGUCAAGGUAUGCAUUAUCCCAGAGGCCCAGGGGUGCCUUGACUUAGAGGUGCAUCAGCCCAGAGAUUCCUCAGACCAAGGGUCCCAGGGUCCAUUGGCCCAGGGGUUCAGGAGGGCAUUGGUCCUGAGGGUGCAUUGUUAUAGGGGUCCAGAAGUGCAUCAGCCCAGAAGGGAGUCGGCCCAGAGGAAUAGAAGUGCAUCCAUGUUGGGGUGCAUUAGCCCAAGGAUAUCUUGUUCCCAGGGGUGCAUUCUCAAAGGCGAAUCAGCCAGGGGCGCAUCAGUUCCUGUGGAGUUAGCACUACUCUUAGAAUAAUUACAAGAUCAUCAUGAUAAUAAUAAUAAUAAGAAGAAGAGGCAGUCAAUUUAUUGGUCCUUCUGUCCUAAUUUUGGGGCGCUGGGGCAAAUGCCCCGUCCCACGCUCUCCCUUCCCCCAAAAUGGGGCUUUUCUUUGGCCGGCGCCAGCUUUUGGCCUAAACUUGGCUUCUUGGGAAUGCCAGAGGGAAGUCUGUGGAUCUCAUCUAUUCUGAGAACAAACCAGGGUCUCUUUUUAGCUUCUCGGUGGGAGGAAACCGGAGCAGAGGGGGUUGCAAUAGCCUUAGCAGGAGCAGCAGUUGCUACUUGACCAACAACAGGGAGUUCGAAGGGAACCACCGAGCCAAACCCCAGGCCGCAUCUUCCGAAUCCUCAGCCCGAGGGAGUGUGACCUGGAAGGUCCAUGCCAGCUCUGAGGAUGGCAGGGGCCACCCAAGGAAAGCUGGCUGUCCUUUUAAUUUUGGCUGCCCUUUGCCUCCAGGAAACCCUUCUCCAGCCGGCUGCGGAGCAAAGAAAGCCGUUUUUUGAAAGGUUUCGGCGACUGGAAGAGCAGUUCCGCCGGUUCCAGGAGGUCACCCUCCUCCGUCUCCAGGAGAUUGCCGGGAAUUACAACGUCUCCUACAACAUCGAUGCCAAAUUCGACCAGCUCCUGAGCCGGCAGGACGCCCUGGAAGCCAUGGCCAACGUCAGCCACGCUGCCACGGAAGAGGAGUUGCACCAACUCAAGGCCUGGAUGAAGAAGCUGCAGAGCAAAGCCAAAAAGCAGGACUCUGUGAUCGCCACCCUGGAGGACGCCUUGCAGGGAAGAAGCCAGGAGGACGAAGCCAAGAAGGAGCAAGAGAAGGCCCUCCUGGCCAAUUUGACCCAUGAAGUGGCCACUCAGAAAGAGGAGGGCCAGGCCACGUGGACCAAGCUGGAAAGCCUGCAGAAGGUUCUGGAAGGCUUGCAGGAUGCCCUCAAGACCCAAGGGAGCAAGAUGGAUGAGCUGGAGCAACAGAUGAAGACGGGUCUUGCCAACAACGAGGUCCUUUUGCCCGGGCACCUGGCCGCAGCCCACCUCCUGAGCCAGGACCACCCCAAGAAGGGUCCAGAGGCAGCGGGUGGACAGCAGCCCACCCUGAAAAAGCUGAGAGCCAAGCACCGGCAAAGGAAGAAGCUGCACCAGGAGAGCAUCCGUCUGGUGGCAGCUCAGUCCCAAAAGCAGGAGCUGAAGGAUGGGUUCCUUCCAGGCCAGAAGGGCUCCAUGCAGGAGACCCCAGCGGACCCAGGGGUGUCCUCUCUGCCAGAAGCACAGGCCCUCAAGCAACCAAGUCUGGCUGUUGAGAAAGGCCCCCAAAAGCAGGAGGCGGCAGGAGCCACUCGUAAACCAGGGACAAUCUGCAACGUGGGCUCCAUGCUGGUCUUUCCCAAUGCUUCCACAGAGAACUUUGCCGCCUUCCGGCCGUCCUUCCUCACAGGGCUGUUGGAACUGAGCCUCUGCAGUUGGGUGCGCACCCAGGCCAGAUACCUGGGCACGAUCCUCUCUUACGCCACCGAGGAGAAUGACAACAAGCUGGUGCUCCACGGCCGGGACGCCGCCCCCCGCAACGCCGUCCAUUUUGUCAUCGGAGACCCUGCGUUCCGGGAGCUGCCCGUGGGACGCAUCCUGGAUGGGAAGUGGCACCACCUCUGCGUCCUCUGGUCCUCCAUCCAGGGGCGCUACUGGUUCUAUGUGGACCGGAGGGUGGUCUCCAUGGGCUCCCACUUCCGGAAGGGUUAUGAGAUCCCCCCAGGAGGGUCACUCAUCUUGGGUCAAGAGCAAGAUAGCCUCGGUGGCGGUUUCGAACCCUCCGAAUCGUUUGUCGGCUUCCUGGCAGGCCUGGCCUUGUGGGAUCGCAUCCUGGCACCCGGGGAGGUCUCCGGCAUCGCAGUCGGAAAUGGCCUGCCACGCGGCCCCCUCCUCACCCUGGCCAACGUCUCCGCUCUCCAUGGAUCAGCGGAGAAAGUGGACUGCGCCUGCCUUGAACACUGCCUUUGAUUUCCCCACGCCUGAAAACUGAACCCAUGGCCAGGCCCAAAUCACUAGUGGGGUCUUUUAACCCUGAAAGGUCUCAUGGCAAUGGCCUCGCUGAAGGAAGGACUCUGUGUCCACAAUCCCCAGGAAAGUCAGGCCCAUGAAGGAGCAAUCUUGGUUGCAAAAUACAAUUGUAUAAUAAUAGUAGUAAUAAAGACCCAGCAGACUGAGAGGUUCAGGCGGUUCGGUGUUGCAGAAUCAACUAGCAAAGAGCAGAAAGAGAACUCAAGCGCAUUGCUGAACACUGUUCAUUUCAAAGCAUACGUAUAUGUAUGUAUAUAUAUACACACACAUAUACAUACAGUGGACCCUUGGUAUUUGCUGGGCUUUGGUACCAGGACCCCUGUGAAUACCAAAAUCUGUGGAUGCUCAAGU